AUGAGUUCCACGAUCACGGUCACAAUGGAAACAAAAAGACAUUCCGGGCAAGAUCUGCCCUCCGAACAUGCGAGGAAGGGCUCAAUCAAUACCGACACGCCCUGGUACCUUCAGUUGGACCAUGCCAAUGAAGUCGUCUACGAUCCCGCGAUCUGUACGGUCAGGCAGGGCACGUUGACCGGCCUGGUCGAACACCUGACCCGACAUGACAAGCUCGAUGCCGUAUUCAACGAUACUUUUCUCAUGACCUAUCCGUCCUUCGUGACUGCUUCCGAGCUCUUCGAGAAGCUCCUCGUGCGAUUCUACACCCUCCCGCCAGAGGGCUUGUCCGAGUCUGAGACAGAGACGUGGAUUCAGCAGAAGCAGAAGAUGAUCCGGUUCCGGGUGGUGAAUAUCCUCAAGAACUGGUUUGGUCGCUUCUGGCUUGAACUGCCGGGCGAGGAUUCCCUUACAUUUGCUCGCCAGGCGCAUCAUCUCGUCCAGACCUCCCCUGCAAUUACCGAGAUUCCCGGAGCUCAGCAGCUGCUGGUGGUCAUGGAGCAGCGCUUACAGGACAAAAGUACGAAACAUCUCGUGCCGCCACCGAUUGCCAGUGCGCCGCCGCCCAUUAUACCCAAGAACCUGCGCAAGAUCAAGAUCUUGGAUAUCGACGCCAUGGAGUUCGCUCGGCAGUUGACCAUCCUUGAGUACCAGCAUUAUGCGCGCAUCAAACCGCUCGAGUGUCUGAACAAGUCUUGGCAGAGAAAGGGUCCAAAUGACAAGGGGACCAAUGUGAACGCUAUGAUUCUGCAUUCCAAUCAGUUGUCAAAUUGGGUGGGUGCAACUAUUCUGGCGCAAACGGAGAUCAAAAAGCGAGUUAUGCUCAUCAAGCAAUUUAUCACUAUUGCCGAUAAAUGCCGCUCCCUUAACAAUUAUGCUACGAUGAUGUCCAUUAUAUCGGGCCUCGGAACGACCCCUAUCUACCGACUCUACAUGACCUGGCCGCAGCUCAGUCCGAAGGUGAUGAAUACGCUGGAGGAAAUGCGAGAGCUCAUGUCUAGUACGAAGAACUUUGGCAAAUAUCGCGAGAAUUUGCGCUGCACACAUCCCCCGUGCGUUCCAUUUCUUGGAAUCUACUUGACCGAUCUUGUCUUCAUUGAAGAUGGCAUCGCAAACCAUGCCCCCAACGGCAUGAUUAACUUCAGCAAACGAUUGAAAGUUGGCGAAGUCCUUCAGGACAUCCAGCAAUUCCAAAGCACGCCAUAUGUCUUCCAAUCGGUCCCCGAACUACAAGACUACAUCGUAAACGGCCUACAGAGCACAGAAGAGUUCGGUGACUUGUACGAACGCAGUAUUGCACUCGAGCCACGGCGGAUGGGCGAAGAAGGCUUCUCGGGACAUGUGCCAUACGCGGCCACGGGCAGCCAUAUGAGCUCGGUGGUGAUUGCGAGUAUGGCGAUACGUUGA